CUGAUGUAUUCAUCGCAUCGCAUCCUCGCCAGAUUGGAUCAUCAUGGAAAUGCCGCCUGCUCUGCCCCAUAAAACCUCAAAGGACGAACCUUCAUCUGAUUCUAAACCACUUAGAAAGCCUUCUGUGCACCUAACUGCUGAGGAAUAUGACGUUUACCUGAGCCAUUGUAACCGAAUGGCCAUCAGCCGAGUCGGAUACCAGCCCAGCCCAAACACAGUCAAACACAAUUAUGCCUUCCUCCAAGGACCGGUUAGAGAGUGGAGUGAUACGUACGCAUGUCAAUCUACACCGUCACUUUCCGACGAACAAAAACAAGCUAUCAUUAAAAGUCUUGAUAUGUUUUGUAUCCAAGAACCUUGGGAUACGAUCCAAGCAUUACUUUCCCCUCCACUGCGUGACAAGUUUCACCUAUACUUGAUCCAAGCAAUGAUUAAUAGACUGAUGUUUACCCGCUUUAUCGAGAAGCCGUUCUGGUUCCUGGAUGGGAAAAUUGACGGAGCUGAUGUGACUGGGGAUACGUCAUUCCCUGAGAGACUUCAGUAUCUGUAUAAGAGAUACUACGAGGCAAGCCCCAUCAAUGCGAUCUGGUGGAGAAUGGUAACCCUUGGUCUUGCAAACCUGAAAAUAGACCAAACACCUAAGUCCCCCCUAGAUAAAACGCCUUACGAGUUUGGAGAUGAGAACCGGAAGCGGCAGGCGGACACGGCAGAGAACCUGGCGGAUCAGCUUCUAGCGGACAGCCUGUUUCAGCUCCUCCUCCGAGAUUUGGCUGACGCAGAAGAGAAGACAGAUCGCCGUCAAGAACUGGUAAACCUUCUUCAGGCGGGUGCGGAAUAUCUCACCGAGCAUGAGGUCACACUGGGCGGACAGGUGAAGGUCCAUCAACUUCCCGAGCUGGAGAAGUUCGAUCCCUCUACGGGACUUAUGUACUCAAGUCCAAUUCAUUCUAAGAAGCAGGACGAUAAUCCGCUAUCCUUCCCUAAGCCACACGGCCGGGUGGUUCUCGUCGUACGGCCUGGGGUGUGCCGGUACGAUCUUCCUAUCGAAUUCGUGCCGUUCAAUCAUCGACACUUGAAACGACUGGAACUGAGCGGAGCUAAUACCUCCUGCUUGGCUUGUAAAGCCGAGGUACUGGUGGAAACAGUCAGUAGUGACGACUCAUCUGCCGAAUUUCAUGCCGACCCCAACGAUGAGGAUGUUUCUUUCAUUGUCUGAUUGACUUCUACGCUUGUGCUGUUGUGUUUUGCUUUGACUUUCGCGGUGCCUUUAGAGCAUUCUUUGUUUUUAGGUUUUAGGAACAAUGAAUAGUUUGUUUUUUCUCUUUUA